GGUGCCAGUGUUCAAACGAUCCUCAUCAUUUUGAUCUUGUGAGGACCGUCGCAUCGGAUUCCGUAAAUCUUUGCUCUUUCUCGAUGUUAUUUGUUGUCACAUAAUUCUCAUUUCGCAAAACUUGCAAAAAUUAAAUUAAUCAUGGUCUCUUUCAACGCCGCCGCCUCUGCCCUUGUCCUCUUGGCCUCGACUUCCAUGUCGAGCGCCGCCGACAGCCGUCGUCUCUCUUUCGAAAGAAUCGCGAACUAUGCUCCUGAUUCGCAAGUGACCGAUCACGUGAGUAAACGGAGCAUCAGAUGUUUGUGGUUCGACGAAAUUUAUUAGGUGUCGAAACCUUUUUGCCCAUCAGGCGUUUAAACUUCUUUUGCCUAACUUAUGUUCCGCGUGAUGUAUUCUUCACACCGUUACAGAAUGCCAUCGAUUUGGAUCAAGCUGCCAUGGAGGAGCAAUUGGCCCUCGGAACUCCCGAAUCCUACGAGAACGCCCUCAAGAUCUACUCCGAGGGUGGUAACUCCAAGUCGGUUGCCGAAGUCACUCUGGCUGCUCCUUUGACCGCUGCCGUUCCCAAGGGAACCCCAAUCAUGGGAACCAACAGUAACGGCAACCAAGUCGCUGGAAAGGCCUACGAAGACAACGCUGCCGGAGCCACCACCUUUGCCGUCCAAUACCAGACUUCGGACAGCCAAAAGAACUACGUUGGAUGCCAAGUUGGAGCUCUCGUGAGCACCAACACCGAUGGAUGCUUCGCCGCUAGUGGAACUCUCAGCAUUGACGGAACUGAUGCCGCCUACACAUACGACAUUGCCACCGACAAUGUUGCCAAGAGAUCCAUCGCCGGAUUCUCCACAUCUGCCCAAAAGAAGAUGGCCGAGUGCGCCAACUGCCCGUACAAGUUCUACGAACAAUUCUACAACUACUACGGAGCCUACGACUACGCCAACCAAAUCGUUUUGGCUGCCUUCGCAGGAAACAAGGCCAACUUGAACAACUUUGACAACGAUUACAGCCUCUACGGAAACGCCGGAAAUGAACAAAUCAUCAAGAAGGGAACCGCUUACAUGGUCAUCUGGAUGUACGUCAUCCGCGAAAUGGAAGACGCCCUUGAUGACUGCAAGGAAGAGUGCACCAUCGAAAACUGUAACGACGAUCCCGUCCACGCGUGGGACGAGGCCGUCGCCUUUUACACCGGAACCCUCGAGGGAGAAGACGGAUCCGGAUCUGGAAAGCUUGCCUACGCCUUGGCCGACAAGCGAUGCGCCAACUUCAAGACCUGUGGUGAAUUCGGUGACGAGACCACCGGAACCUCCUCCGUCAACACCAUGAUGUUUGAUCUCUUCAACAAGGGACAAGCCUUGAUCAAGAACGGAAAGUGCUCCGAAGCCCGCCCCAUCAAGGAACAAAUCGAACAAUUGAUGCUUGUCCCUCUCAUCCAGGGCUCCCUCCGAUACGCAUGGAAGCAGGACAACGAGGACUACAGCGAGAAGUCCGAAGCCGAAGGAGCCAUCUUCGCCGCCUCCGUUCUCCCAAUUGUCGCCCGAUGCAACUCUUCCGCCGCCGCCACCAUUGCCGACAACAUGAAGGUCGGAAACCAAGGAACCACCGACUUUGCCGCCGUCAAGAAAGCCUUCGAGAGCACCUACGACUGCAUGGGCAUCCCCGGAUACAUGGUCGGAGGAUUGUACGACUCUGCGACAGGAGACUACUACGCCGGAGCCGAGCCUGUGGGAGGAGCCUCCUCUUCCUCUUCCGUGUCCACCAUGGUUGCUGCCGGUGUUGCCGCCGCUACUUCCAUGUUCCUCUUCCUCUAAAUUCACACGCUAUUGUAUUUCAUCCAUGCAUUGCAUUGUGUACUGCAUUCAUCAACAACUCAUGCGACGAAAGUCCUUUAUCCAAAGUCACUCCGUUUUCCGGUGUCCUCUCGGGAGAGAACACUGAAUCCAUAGGGAGGGAUGAUUGCUCUUAUGUGUACGAAUAGGAAAUUAUUG